GCGCACUGGUCUCGCAGCCUUGUUUUGCUGAUGUGGACUAGUGGACCUCCUUUCCUUUCCUUUUCCCCGACCCGCAGUCACCGAACAGCAGCGUUGUAGAAGAACUUUUCCAAAGCAACACUUGACCUCUCAACGCGUGAAGCCCCAAAAGCUACAAUGAUCCGGAUAGCAGCCGCAUUCCUCGCCCUGUUGGUGGUUGCAUGCUCGGGAGAGACCUGCACGGAGCCGGUCAUCACCCCGUCGGCCUACACCACCUCGGACGCUGUCAUCGCCGCAGAGUCGGUGUUCAUCGUGGAGCUCAGCCUGGUUUGUGCCAACGGAGCACAGAGCAUCACUUUGUACGCUGAUGUGAAUGGAAGACAGUUUCCUGUGACCAGAGGCCAGGAUGUUGGCAAGUACCAGGUGUCAUGGAGUCUUCCUCACAAGCAGGCCAGCUCAGGAACUUACCAGGUCAAGUUCUUUGACGAGGAAUCCUACAGCGCACUGCGCAAGGCCCAGAGAAACAAUGAAGAUGUGAACGCCAUCCAGCCUCUAUUUUUGGUCAACGUGGACCACAGGGGCGUGUGGAGUGGCCCGUGGGUUUCCACCGAGGUGGUGGCAGCCCUGGUGGGAAUUCUACUCUACUAUGUGGCCUUCAGUUCCAAGAACACCAUCCAAGCGUAAAAACAUCCACACUUGAGUCUUAAGAGACGACGGCGGCUUUGGAUUCAGAGACGGUCAGCAGUCUGGAGGAUUUUGUUUUGUUUUUCUAUUCAGACUGUGUCUGUAUGUGCUAACAGAUGGACUUUGCAUCAGUUAUUUUUCAUACUUCCAGACCACCCAAGCUGGAUUGCUUGGUCAACUGACUUGUCAAAUCAAUAAAUGAGUGAUUUUGGUCUUCCA